GUGUGCGUGAGCGUGUAGAUGGAGUACAUUGUUCGCGCUGCACGUAUUUAACAUCAAUUUAAAAUAAGCUAGUUGCGGCCAAUUCCUUCGAGUUCAAUUUUAGCCACUGUAUAGAUCGGUACAAUACUAAAAUCUAUUGCAGUACGCGAUAAUUAUCAAUUUUUGCGCUUUCGAUUUCAUUCAUUGACAGUUUUCAUUCACCUUCGUGUGCGUUUCUAGUAUACAAGAAAGUAAAAAAAAAAAACUACUAACGUUAUCCGUUAGUUACAACCGCCCCGCUCGCUGCAACAUCAGUUACAAUUUUAUGUGCAUCUUAUAAAAUCUAACAGAACGCUUUUCGACGUUAUAUUCGUUGUGUGGUGAUUAGUUGAAGUUUGGCAUCGUAAUUGUGCAGUAAAAGGAAACGCACGUCAAAAUGGCUGUUAUACUACAUGAAGUCUAUGACUGGUAUAGAGAUCUCAUGGACGAUCGAAGUGAUCCACGUGUCAAAGAUUGGCCCAUGAUGUCAUCACCAUUUCCCACAUUAGCUCUCUGCGUAUUAUAUGCCUACUUCAGCAAAUCGCUAGCGCCGCGUCUGAUGGCGAAGCGGAAAGCUUUGGACCUACGUAAAGUACUGGUCUACUAUAAUUUAUUUCAGACAAUAUUCAGCGCGUGGAUUUUCUAUGAGUACUUAAGGAGCGGUUGGUGGGGCAAUUAUAGUUUCAAAUGUCAACCUGUUGAUUACUCCAAUAAUCCACUGGCUAUGCGCAUGGCACGCACCUGUUGGUGGUAUUACAUUUCAAAAUUCACAGAGUUCUUUGAUACGAUUUUCUUCAUAUUGCGUAAGAAAAAUGAACACGUGUCCACGUUGCAUGUCAUUCAUCAUGGCUGCAUGCCCUUCUCCGUAUGGAUGGGCAUGAAAUUUGCGCCAGGUGGUCACAGUACAUUCUUUGCCUUGCUGAACUCCUUUGUGCACAUUGUCAUGUACUUCUAUUACAUGAUUGCCGCAAUGGGUCCCAAAUACCAGAAAUUUAUCUGGUGGAAAAAGUACCUUACCACUUUCCAAAUGGUACAAUUUGUCGCCAUUUUCACCCAUCAAUUCCAAUUGCUCUUCAGGGAGUGCGAUUAUCCCAAAGGCUUCAUGGUUUGGAUUGGUUUGCAUGGCGUUAUGUUCCUGUUUCUCUUCUCCGACUUUUAUAAGGCCAAGUAUACAAAUGCCCGCGUGCGCAGUGCGGCGGCGAAAUCCCACACAAAUGGCUAUACCAAAAUACCUGCGACGAAUGGCAAAUGCGUGCUAGAAAGCAAUGGCGAUUUGUCCAAUCAUCUGGUGGUGUCCAAUAAUAACAAGGGUGCUUGCAUGCCCGUCAUGGACGAUGAAGCCGAGGCCAUCAAGUCGAAUCAUCACUUAACCAAUGGCUAUAAGAACGGCUUCGCUAAUGGUCAUGCUUUCAAGGAGGGCGAUGGUGUGCUUUCAACAAACGAUGCUAUACUCAACCCAGACAGCAGUAGCUCUAGUCUCCAUCAGCGAAAAGUCAAAUAAGCAUAAAAUGUAACAAAUAAAUAAUACUAAUAUAAAAAGCACGUAAGAGAAAAGCAACAUGCAAAGAGUAGUUAUCACUUAAGUAUAUACUGAUAAAAAAUUGAUUAUUUUUUAUAUAUACAUAAAUUAUAUAUUUAAUAAUUUAAAAUCGAGUAAAUAUGGAGCUUUUAUACAUAUAAAAGAUGGAAAAGGAAACACAAAUAUUAAUUAUAAUUGAAAAUACUAUACAUUAUAGCAGCAACAAUGAAGAAUAAGCUCUAAGGUCAAACAUGUCUAGAAGUCUAAUCUAGAAUCACCAAGUUGUUCAAAUACAUAAUUUGCGAUAGAUAUGUAAAUGCAAGAAGAAACAAAUGAGAAAAUCAGAAAACACACAUACAUAAGUAUCAUGUAAACAAAAUGAAAAAAAAAAAUUUUAUUUAAGUAAAUUUACAGAAAGAAAAGCGAAUGGAAGGCGCGCCGUUUUGUGAAUUAAGAAGAAGAAGAAAAGUAUGAGAAGGACGUUAUUGAAAAGUGAAAAAGUUAUUGUUUUAAAUUUAUAAGCAUACGAAGGUGUUUUACAUACUCCAUACACAUAAAAUUUGAAAACACAAAAAAAGGAGAAAGGGAACAAAAUGAAUCUUAAAGUUGUACACAAAUCUCAAACCACAGGGAAUUUAAACUGACAUAAACUUGUAUGGCUAAUAUUACACCUAUACUACUAUACUACUUCUACUACUACUAUGUACUACAAAAACAACAACUGCUACCAAUUGACACCACUACCACCAACAAAUUGAAAUACAUUUUUUACCCCCUCUUUUUUUUUUUGUAGUACAGUAAUUACAUUGUAGCAUGCGCAGGCGCCUUAUUAAAUCUUAGCAUUCACCCUCAGUUAUAACGGACCAGUCGUUUGUAGAGAUGUGGUUACGAGUAAGAUGUAAAGGCGCUUGCGCAAUGCAAUUUUAUACAUUGACCUACCGAUAUCUUAUACUUAUGUGUAUAUGUAUGUAUUUAUAAAGAGAUAUUAUUGUAAAUUUUUAUAAUCCAUUGGGUAUACGAGCAGGAGAAAAUAUAAAAAAAAAUCGCAUGCACAUUGAUUGUACGCGUGCAUACAUGUGUGUGUGCAUACCUAUAUAUUGCAAAAGCUAUAAGAAACAAAUAAUAUUAUGUAUGUAUGUAUAAAAUGGCGGAGGUAUACAUAUAUAGUUUGGGAACAAAUGAGUAACUAAUAAACACACUAAAUGCAUAUAUACCUAUAUACAAAUACUUAGUUAGCUGCGUCCUAUUAAUUAAUAUACUCGUUGUGUAUAUAUUUGGAAUACAUGAGAAGGCCCGAUGCGUGUGCGUGGGCGUGCAAAUUUUUGUGUAAGUGCGAGUAUGUAUAUAAAUAUGUAUGUAGUUAGCAAGAAUGGUUUUUAAAUAGGUAAAUGAACGCUUAAACGCUAUUGUUUUUGUUUUUAUGGUAAAAGAAAUAAAAAAAGGAAAACUCAAUUCAAAUGUUACAUGACAAGAAAUUUAGGUAAAAACUAUUACUGUAACAUUUAGUGCGGAAAAUUUGUACACAUUUUUUAGAAAAUUAUUCAUAAUUUUUGUAACAUUUUAAAUAUACAUAAAUUUACAUAAAUUCUUUCAUAUAGUUUAUAUAUGUAGUUGUAUAUUUUCCUUUUGUGAGGGUUAUUGGUAGUUCUUUUUUUCGUUUUUUUUUUUCUUUUUGUAUACCUUUUGUUUCAAUUUACUUUGUUUUGUGUGAUCAACAACUUUUUGUACAACACCACAAAACUGCAUUAUUGUUACGCUUAAUUAUUUUUCGCAAUACUUUUUAAGGUUAAUGUGCCUAAUGUGUCUACUUUAUAUUGUGCUCUUGUAAUGUUACUUAGUGCAAUUCUGUUUCUUUCAAUAAAAUCAUGAAUCCAUAAAGAAAUCGAAUCAAAAACAAACUUUG